CCACCAGCCUGCGUCCUCUGUGUUGGUUUCCAUCAGCUUCAUCAAUCCCGAAAGUUUGGUGAUGAGAGGGAAAACACACGCGUUUUUUAGAGUGAGAAACCCAGAAAAACAGGUAACCAAUCAAUUCGAAUCGGAUCAUCGAAGUCGUGAAAGAUGAGCUCCAGAUGCUGACUUCGAUGCGACCCUUUUUCUUCGACUGAUUGAUCGAAAAAGGUGCUCUCAUUGCGCCUGGCAAUUCAGGUCUGAAGCUGGUACAACAAGAGUUAUUUCACCAUGGGUGUCUCUGGAAAAUGGAUCAAGGCAUUGAUUGGUUUAAAUAAAUCAGAGAAGUCACAGUCUUUGGAGAAGGAUGGAAAUAGAAGUCGAAAUGUCAGACAACGGAGAAAGCAUCCAGUUGAGAUUGGUGACGACAUAAUUCAAGACGAGUUCAAUCAGAAUGCUACUCCCCCAUUUGUAGAUGCAAGCAUCCGUCCAGAUGCAGAUGCUUCUGGUUCGCCUUCUAUCUCGCUUCAAGUGCAGGAUGCAGCUCAUGUUCAACAGAAUAUGAGUGAAGAAUGGGCCGCCACCCGCAUCCAAACAGCUUUUAGAGGAUUUUUGGCUAGGCGAGCUUUACGAGCAUUGAAAGGUUUGGUAAGACUUCAAGCCCUUGUUAGGGGCCAUGCUGUGAGGAAGCAAGCAGCAAUAACUCUUCGUUGUAUGCAAGCUCUAGUGAGGGUCCAGGCUCGUGUUCGUGCUCGGCGUGUUCGUUUGGCGUUGGAAAGUCAAACAGCACAACAAAAUCAUCAGCAGCAACUUGAACAGGACGCUCGUGUUCAAGAUAUUGAGCAAGGGUGGUGUGACCGCGUAGGAUCUGUUCAAGAGAUUCAUGCAAAGUUGUUAAAGAGGCAGGAGGCGGCUGCGAAGCGUGAAAGGGCUAUGGCAUAUGCUUUAGCUAACCAGUGGCAGGCAGGAUCAAGGCAGCAGCAAGCUCCCUCUGGGUUUGAACCAGACACAAACAACUGGGGCUGGAACUGGUUGGAGAGAUGGAUGGCUGUUCGUCCAUGGGAAAAUCGCUUUCUCGACAGUCAUCCAAAAGAUGGAGUUGUGAUUCAUGAGAAUGGAUCUGAUGAAGUAAAGAAUGGAACCAGUACCCUGUUUAAAUCUUCGGGAAAGAAACCCAUUUCUUCAAACCUUUCAAGUCAUAAAAUGGGUCCGCCUCAAUCCGAUGCCUGUAGUUCUUCACCCAACAAGUCCGCAAGCAUGCAAGAGGCAACUGCGACACAGUUUACAAAGCCUAAGCCAAAGCCACCUACUGAAGAUUUGGUUGGAGAAACUGGCCCAAGACCUGGCAUAGGGUCAAGAUCUCACAGCAAUCCUAAAGAGAGAUCUGCUCUUUCAGAAAAGCAAGCAAAGAAGCGGCUCUCUCUUCCUAAUAAUGGGCAAGGGCUUCGACCUCAAAGUACCAAGCAACCUGGUAGAAUUGCUGUAAAAAGGACUCCUACUUCACAGAAGCCUGUAAAGGAUACAAGCCUGAUGGACACGAUGUAAAUCCAAUCCAAUCUGUUUCAAAGACUGCUAAGCUGUGAAAGUAUUGCCUUGCCAAACUGUACAUAUUCGAGUGCUCCACGUUUCCCGGAUAGGUUGGGCGCCCCUAUGGCAGUGUUGCGGGGAUGGCUUUGUUGAAGAUAUAUUGAUGUUGUUGUAAUAAAUUUUUAUUGUCGUAUGUUUAUUUAAGUGCCAUUUGCUUGUGUAUCGUCAUUCUUGGAUUGUUGAGAGUUGUAAAGUAGGCUCGAGUCUACGCCGUGAAGGAGAUUGGAGGCAACAGUACGCACGAAAGUGGGAUUUUUUUUUUUAAUUAAGUACAAAUUAUUCUGAUGAGUGAUAUUGAACUAGCUUUCAUUUGAGA